AUGCCUUCUUCCUCCAUCACUGAGGCUGUCUUCCGUCAAGACCCCAAGGCAGUUGCCGACAGGACUAAGUCGCACUCUACGGAGAAGGCAUCUCACAGCGAAAUAGGCCCAGCUGAGCUCUUGAGUGAGCACAUGGAUGAAUCGGGCAAUGCAGUGCCCGAUGCGAACUGGGUUCCACAGGCGCAAAAGCCCGAUGGCGAUGAAGAAUCUGACCUGUUCGAUGCCAUGAAUGCGGAGACUUCUGACUUUGCUUGA